AUGUCGUCUGCUGCUAUGCAAACGGUCCCUCAGAACACAUUCGCCCACUCUCCCGUCACAUAUGCUUCACCUUCCCAUUCAAUUUCCCCUUCGGCGUCGCAAUACCAUGAUGCGCCGCAGACAGACUCCAAUGAUUUGCCCCGAUCAACGCUCCAACCGCCGCGGUCGCGUAAUUCACCACGCGCAUUCAUGAGCUCCCCACUAAAUCCUCAGCAGCUGUCUCACCGUCCGAUUCCGAUAGUUUCUUCGGCUAUGAGCGACUCCCACCAGCAGCCUCCGCCAUUGUCCACCCAUGUAUCUCCAGCCUUGAAUCCUGUAGCGCCGUCUCCCGCUCAGAGCAACAAUCGGUCGCCCGUCUACGCUGACUUCCAAGGUGGCCCUCCCAUCCCGCCGCGGACGUCUUCGACUCAUCAGAGUCAUCAUGGUUUGAGCGAAACAUCACCUUCAACCGACAGAGCCUCCAGUUCCCGACGCUCCAAAAACAAGGUGGAUGAUCGAAGCGCUGGCCACCGGGAGAGAAGGGGCGACGAAACCCGGACACGCCGUUCGGCUCCUCAAUCGUCCGAGAACCCAGCGCGGGGGACAUCCCUCAAGGGUACGAAUCAAAGUCACGCAGAAUCGUCAAGGGCGGCUGAGCCGCGCUCGGAGGAGACCAUGGAAACCAUCUCAAGUCAGGGAACUUUGGUGAAGGAAUCCAGUACGGUGAUCAACCAAGCGGCGGUGAGUGAUCCCUCUGUGGACAUUGUCAGGGAACAGGCACGCCAAACCGAAGCGUCAGAAUCCCCACCACCAGAAAGUGCUCGUCCAUCGGGUCUGGCCUUGGUUGGUAGCGAGGGCGUGGAUGAUGGAGGGCGUGGCGGCUUGCGGAGUCGACACGAUUAUAACGAGGAUGCGAACAAGCGCAAAGAGACCACAUUCGGCGAGUACAUCCUCGGGCAGACACUAGGAGAGGGUGAAUUUGGAAAGGUCAAGUUGGGCUGGAAGAAAGAUGGCAGCGUUCAGGUGGCCAUCAAGCUUAUCCGGAGGGAAUCUCUCGGUUCGAAUCCCACGCGGUUACCCAAGAUCUAUCGCGAAAUUUCCAUCUUGCGCGACCUUCACCAUCCCAAUAUCGUUCGCCUCCAUGAGAUGGUCGAAACCGAUCGUCACAUCGGCAUCAUCAUGGAGUAUGCUUCCGGCGGAGAGCUCUUCGACCAUAUCCUGAAUAAUCGUUACCUCAAAGAUAAUUCCGCUCGGCGCCUGUUUGCCCAGCUUGUGUCUGGGGUGGGCUAUCUCCACAAGAAAGGAAUCGUUCACCGCGAUCUUAAAUUGGAGAACCUGCUUCUGGAUCGGAAUCGCAACAUCAUCAUUACUGAUUUCGGAUUCGCGAACACAUUUGACCCAAUCGAUGAGCUGGGCGAGGAAAUCGAGUACAAUCUCACCAACAAGGAGUUCGUCAAGAGAUUGCGCUUGGACAAGCCCAAUUCCAAGGGGGUGAGGCGGGGAGACCUGAUGCAGACCAGCUGUGGAAGUCCGUGUUAUGCGGCUCCGGAACUGGUGGUGAGCGACUCGCUCUAUACGGGACGCAAGGUCGAUGUCUGGAGUUGCGGUGUUAUCCUGUACGCCAUGUUGGCCGGAUAUUUGCCAUUUGAUGAUGAUCCGGCGAAUCCAGAUGGUGACAAUAUCAAUCUGCUGUAUAAAUACAUCGUCAGCACUCCGCUCACGUUUCCCGAAUACGUGACACCGCAUGCUCGUGACCUCUUGAGACGGAUACUGGUACCCGACCCGCGGAAACGAGCAGACCUGUUCGAGGUGGCCCGCCACAGCUGGCUGAGCGAAUUUUCGCAUGUCGUGUCGCACAUCACAAGCAGCACUACCAAAGUUGCUGAUAUCGCCGACACGACGGUCCCUCCUGAGAACCACAGAGAAGCCCCCGUACUGGCCCGGAGCGCCUCCGUCAGGGAGCCCCCCAAAGCAUAUCAAAGCUCAGUCCCCACGGUUGGCGGUUUGGUCCAUCACUCCGGAGACAUCUCUCAAGAACAAUCCGCCGAUCGGUCAUCGAAGACUUCCCGGGAUACGAAGCGGAGAACAGUCCAAGUCGAGUACGUCGCGCCGCAAUCUCAGACAGCCAGAGGGGAAAGUCCCACCGCGCCCGAUUCACCCACUGCCAGGCCAUUCGACGCAGAGGCCGCCCCGCCGGCCGCGAGGCCCACCAGCCGAGAUGCGACCACGGGCGCUCAGCCAGGUGCUUGGUUACAGAUUUAUCCCAUGGAGCAGAGCUCAAAGCGGGCUGGAGAGGCCAAGGCACCCGCUGGUCCGGUACCGCCUCCUCCAGGGCAUUUGCCUCGUUCCAUCUCGGACAGCACCGCACUCACAGGGACGCAUACAACAAUACCUUUCACGCAAGCCACCCGUCCGGCGACAGGCGCCUCCAUGGCCUCCUUCAAUACUGGUCGCCUACCUUCCCGAGGAUCAUACGGACAGCCUGUGGCCCCUACUGUUGCGGCAACUAAUGCACAAGGUCGUCUUGCACAGCCGAAGAGCAAGCAAUAUGUGAUCUCGGCGCCCAUACCCCAAGACUCGUCGCAAUCCGGCGCUCUGUCUAUUGGGCGCCCCAGUACCCAGGCUCUUCCGGCGAAAUUUAAUACCACCCCUCGGCAAGAGCCGCCCAAAGGACACAAACGGUCAAACACUGUUUCAGGUUUUGGCGAAAAACUUUUUGGGCGGUCUGGCUCCUUUUUUGGCGGCCGUGGGACGCAAACCGCUCCUCGCCAAAAGUCCGGCAAGAAGUAUCCUCCCACAAGCAUGAGAGAUCCUUUUGCCGGCGAGGAAAUUCGAGUCUCCAUGGAUUCGCGUCGUUCUGGCCAGUAUGGCAGCCGUAAAAUGAGUGACACUGGCGGAGAGAACCGACCACGUCGGUUUUCUCUGUUGCCAGCCUCCUUUUCACUCAAAGGUUUCUCCUCGAGCAGAUCACAGACGCCUGAAGAGGAAUCGCAAACAAAUCGUUCCUCCGAUCCACGAGUUCAACAAAGACCAUCGGCCAGCAUUAUCCGACCUCGUGCUCGCGCGACCAGCCAUGGGACACAGGACGCAAUGGGAGUGGUGGCUGACGGUCCGGGAGACGAGGUGCUUGCUCACGAGGAGCCGGUCAACUAUCAAGCGCGUAUUGACCAGCAGUUCGCGGAAUUGGAUGGGCUUCAGUCGGGGCCGUAUCAGCCAACAUCAUACAGCAGCGCUUCGGCUGAGCAAGUCUAUCCUAAUAACAACAACGAAUCGCAUUAUGCAUAUCAAUACGCCAAUCACUCGGCGCCCAAUUACUACGAUGAUUACAACAACGCGCAGGACCCGCGACCGUCGAUGCAAGCUUCCCGGCCGGGAAGAGGCCCGAAUGUCCUACAGAAGAAUCACAAGAAAUUUGCGGACGCCUAUGAAUAUGAGCGAGACCCGUCCCAUCACUCUGGUAGUUCUGGCGCGGCUAGGAAGGUCAUGGAUUUCUUCCGCCGAAGAGCCAAAUCCAGAGCCACCGACGAUCGUUGA